ACUAAAAGCUAUGAACGUGGAAAAGCUAAGAGAACUAGAGCUGGGCAGUGGACUCAAUCUCACUGACCCACCAGACCCAAGAAGCCACAAGUUAUGUAUCACUAGAAGAGACAUCAGAUGUGAUCUAAGCAACGUUACUGUUAUUAAGGAAAGAGGAGAUACGAAAUACUGCCAGCAGGUGGCUCCAACUUGGGAAGCUGUUCAAAGAGAGAUGAUCAGAACUAUAGAAGAACCAGAUCGCAACACUUGUCUCAAUUUUGGAACCCAUCUUCAGUUUUCUCAGAGUAUUGACAAUAUUGCAGUUAGUAAGCAAAUUUUAGCAUACACAAACACUUUCACAGAGCCAACUACGAGUUCUGAAUUUGAAAUAGAAUUGUGCACAUUUCUCUGCCACCAGUUAAGCAUACAAUCCGAAGACCAGCAACCAUCAGCAAUCCAAAAGUCAUCAGUUUCUGUAAUAAACGACUACAUAUCAACUCUCAACCAAACAAGAAACGAGAGCCACUUACAAGAAAUCACGGCAGCGUGCUUCAAGUACAUGUAUAUUGCAACCAACCGAGUGACUCACUAUGUCUCUGCAGUGCAGCAAGGUGCAAUGCAGUACAACUUGUACAGCACAAGCCAGUACAUUGAGAGCUUAGGACCUGGUAUAGGCCCUAUGGGUGGCCCCCUUAUAUCAGGAGCAAUUAGCAGUCAAGGAGGACGACAAAAGUUGGAUAAGAUCGAAUUCAAGAACGCCAUUGGUAAGAUGGAGGGAGCAGAAGGAUUGGAGGCAGUGAUUGGAAUCAGUGUGCAGCCAGUCUAUAUGCUAGUCAGGCAGCAAGAUCUGAGAGAACACAUGAGGACAGCAUUAAGGCAGUACAUUCACAAAGCAUCGAUGUAUAAUGUCGACAGUUACCUAAUAGCUGGUGUGUCUGAGACAACAGAAAACGUGUACUGGACAGUCAACCAGCUGAAUCAAGUAAUGGGAACACAAUUGAGAGAACAAGCCUCUUCAUUCCAAUUCCAACCAGCAGGCACCGCAGAGAACCCAAGCCAAUUCUUGAUACGGUACGAGAAGCAUCACAAAGACCAUAAUACACUCUACUACUAUGUCAAGCUCAAUGCCAAUCCACUUGGACGCGGUAACAAACCAUUACUCUUAACCUCAGAGAUUGGUGAUCGCUUCACUGUCCAUUGGCCACACACCCUCAGUUUGGGCUGCUUGUGUACAGCCUCGAUCAAAACACUCCAAGAUUGGAGAGAGGCGGAUGUACUUCAUCUCAAGGGCUCUCCAUUCUCAGGGUGUCAUGGGAGUGGGUUUGCUGGAAUGAGACCUUUGGAAUCGACUAACACACACGCCACAUAUAAAACAUGUUGUGCACCCAUUAUACAAAAAGAAGACAACUGCACUCGAUUUUGUCUUGUGCCAGAUGAAAGAGCAGAAAGCCAACACGAGAAAGAAAUGAAGUAA